AUGGUCCAAUCCGGCGACAUGGAGGCGAGAGAGCAUCGUCAUACAUUUCUUGGGAGACGGGUGGUCGCAGGGCUGUUCCUCGUUACCCUCGCGGAUAUGUCCCAAAGCGGCAAGUCGAGUCACCGAUUGCCAUUGAUUAUUGCCGCGCGACCCCGCACUGCGGCUCACUCCGUCUGGGGGAUCAGCACGGCCAUUGCUGCGGCGGCUCCCUUCCCUAAACGCCAGCGACUCUCCCUCAGUUCCCUCGAAGAGCAUGUGCUGCCAACGCCUACGCAUCCCAGAUCCGACCCGCCAGGCUGGCCCCCUUUGCAGCCCGAUCCUUGCCAUUCAGUCGACCUGAACGAGCACAACAAUUACACCUCUCCCAAAUCGGGCGGCGAUGGCGGUCCCUUUCACUCUCCCGCGACGGGUAGCUGGACCCAAGAUGGCUUCUCGCAGGAUCCGGGGUACCUUGCUUCGCAGGAAGAAUUGCGAUGCGUCAUCUUAUCUCUAGCAAACUCGGCGGCUCCGACGCGAGUCUCGAGCCCGGACACUGUUCGAGAAGAGGAAGGGUCGGAGCAAGCUCGGCAAUUGAAGUCUUACCGACCAGAGCAAAGAGGCGAACACCUGCAGCCACUUUUGUCCAGCAGGACGCACAUUGCGGAUUUGAAGAACUACAUGCCAAUAAAGUUCAAUUGGGCUGAUGGGAAGGCACAACGAUCGCUAUUACUAGCUCGAAUGUUUGACUCUCAAUGCACCUUGCGUCAGAAAGUCCCCGCGCUGGCUCGAACCUUCCCUCCGCUCUCGUAUGCCAUACUUGCCAUCUCGGCGCGGCAGAUCGAACGGAAGAAAGGCAUUCGGAACUGGUUUGACGGCCUCGAACUAUACCAGGAGGCGAUUCGACGGUUGGGUCCGCUUCUUCACUUGCGCGAUCCCAAGAUUGUCGCUGCCCGCGUGCUCCUCUGUUGCUUAGAGAUGAUGUCGGCGCGAGCACAAGACAGGCGUCCCCAUCUAGAGGGAUGCGCGGCUUUGCUUGACGCGUCUGGGAUUCACGGCUUCAGCAAGGGCUUACUACAAGCUGUUUUCUGGUGUUAUGCCAGGAUGGAUCAUUGUGGUGGUGCACUUAUAUCCGAUGGCACACAGACCACUCUGCUGCAUCCAUCCAAAUGGCUUCCCCCGGUUGUUAGGCAGAGGAUGCAUACCACUCAAUUACGCUGUUUAUCUUUGCGUUAAAGCGACAGAACUUGUUUCCGGAUCGAACAAAGUCCCUCGAGCUGGGUGAAGAGAAUGGAUGCACCACCGACAGAUUCUGCGCCCGCUGAGUUAGUCUUUGGACUGGCCUGCAAUGCUAGUUGUCGGAGCGGCCCAGUGAGCUGAUUCCAGUGCAGACAGUAAAUUGUGAACCAUUCCCGCAUAUUUUAUUUGUCCACUGGGCCGCUAUUUCUUCGUACCAACUGUACCACACCGCGUGUAUCUUGCUAUUGAAAAUGAUACCGAAAAGCUUAAGGUUCCCGCGAUCGCCAGCUCUGUCUCCUCUAUGGCAUGCACGUCGGACAUGGGGGAUCUCGCUAGCAAAGUCGCACCGAGGGUGCUUGAGCAAUUCUAUACAGCCCCUCUGGAUUGCGGGCCAGCUGUUCAGUCACAAAGCGGAACAUGAAGAAAUCAUCAAACUAAUACAGAGUUUUGAGGUCUAGACCGGCUGGGGGGCAUCCUGGCGCAUCCGUG